GCCCUUCCAUGAGUGGGGGUGGCAGGGUGGCAGGGUGGCGGCCCAAAUCGUCGGUUCCAACAUGUUUUGGGGGCAGCUACGGUCGACGGUCGUUUGUUCGUGUCUUCCUGCUUCUGCUUCCUGCCUCAGUAGCACUUACCCCGCCAUGGAACAUCACCACGAGGCUUCGCUUCGGUCCCCGUGGCGGAUAAGCAGCGUUUUCAGCUUCUCACCGACUUGUAUCCCCGUGUCUUUGUCUUCUAAUUCUCGUCACCGCCAGUUUGCCUCGAGUUUGUCGCCAUGUGAGUUGCCGUCUCAUCACGAAUGCGUCUCUCAUAAAUGCCUUGAGCAAGCAACAAGUUGCCAACAACCGCCACGUCAGGCCAGUGCCAGCUGAAAUGGCCCUUUUCUUUCUUUUCCACCCAGCUUGUUCCACCAAACCACAAAAACGCAAAUGGAGCAUUGAUAGAUCUCAAACAUUGGCUGCACAUUGGUACUCGGCUGUAUUAUGACAGACGCCUCCAAGGCCCCCCUCGUACGACUCACCCGCGUCCGCGACACCUUCGUGGCUCUCUACAGCACUUGGUCUGUCUUGUCUUCAUCCCGCGGCACCUCAACUUCCGAGUCACCGUCUUCCUUGCAGGCUGCAGCCGUCACGUCCCGUCUGCAACGCUGCAAACCAACGUAGGGCGCAUAAAGUGCAAUCUUGCACACAAACUAGUCAAUUUUCAUUCGUCGGAUGUUUUCUUCGUCUCAAGGUCUGUUCGUCACAUUACGGGUACUCCCUUCUUCGUCGUCCCAUCUCACAUGGCUAUCCCUUGGCUGCAGUCACUUGGGUAGGUAGUCUCCCGUCGUCUCAUGUCGGAGACCACGGCCCAUCACACACUCACUCUAAGGUGCCUUGAG